GUGGACAAAGCUCAAGCAUAUGUCGUUCUCGUGGUCCCCAAACAACAUGUCAAAACCAUCAAGUCGGCCCUGGAACGCCAUAAUCUAUUUGACAAGACGGGGAGGAUCACAUCCGACGCAAGAGAAGAAUCAACAGCGGUACAAACAAACAUCUUGACCGAAUCCAAUACUCCCACUUCAUCAUCUGGCGAGACGCGGAAUAAUGACUCUACCGUGGGGAAUUCACCGCAAGAGAGUGGACGAUUUAUGGAGCAGCGGAUGCGCAUCCCAACAACCAUUCCGUACCCUUUUGUUGGAGAUGAACUGGACGAAGUACUAAACCGCCCCGACACAUCCUCGUUGAAGCAAAAGAUUCUCUCCGAAACAGCGCUCACCCACCUCCACCAAGCCAUUUCCAUACACUACCACCUAUCACCUACCUACAAAACCGCGCCCGCGCAACGAAACCCGGUCAUCAAAGCCCUAAAAGAAGCACUAGAUGCCCUCCCAGCCAACCUCCUAUCCGACAUGGACCUCACAUCCUCAGCACUCACCUCCUCCUUCCCAGACACCCACUCAAUAUACAAGCCCAUGCUCCUCCUCCCGCAAAAAGCCUUCUCCUCCCCACCAUGGACCCUCUUCCAAUCCACACACCCCCCCUCAAGCCCAGCCUUCCAAUCCCUCCUCGCCCACAUAGCAGCCGCAACACACACCACGCACAUCGCCCUGCAGUCGCCCAUCCCAGACCACCUCCCCACCACCACCACCCCGCAAGAACCCACACACGAAAACAUCCUCCGCCGCCCCCAGAACAUCGCCCCGGUAUACGGUUCCUUCGGCCCCGCGCCAACCCCACACUCCCAAUCCACACCAACACACUCCGACUUCGCCGCCGCCCUCUGGGUCUCCACAACACAAAACGGUAUCCACCAGACCUGGGCGCCGCGCUACACAAUGUUCAGCCGCGGCAACAUCCGUGAGAAAACAAGGAUUUUGCACCACGCCUCCGUCACGGCUCAUAGUAGCAGCGGCGUAACAGCCCUCGACCUCUACGCCGGCAUCGGCUACUUCGCAUUCAGUUACAAGCGCGGCGGCGGCAGCUCCAUCCAGCGGCUUCUAUGCUGGGAGCUGAAUCCAUGGAGCGUCGAGGGUCUGCGGCGCGGCGCGCAGCGCAACGGGUGGUCGAGUCGCGUCGUGACUUCUUCCGAUAUGCCGGCUUCGCGGGCGGAAUGGGAGGGCUUCGCAACACAACUCCAACAAGAAGACGACGAUGGUGCGAGGACGGAUUUCCUCAUCUUCCAAAUGCACAACGACACUGCACCGGAUAUCAUUCGGCAUCUCCGCUCAGUGCUCCCGCCCGUCCGCCAUGUUAAUCUGGGUCUUCUGCCGUCGUCGCGGGGGGCGUGGGGCGCGGCGGUGGAGGCGCUGGAUAGGGGGGGUGGGGGCUGGAUUCGUGCGCAUGAGAAUGUUGGGGUUGGGGAGCUGGAUGUUGUGACGAGGGGGGUGGAGCGCGAGUUUCAGGACUAUGCGGAUGCGGGUGGAGGUGGAGGUGACGAUGGUGAUGGUGCGCUGCGACGUCGGGUUAGAGUCGAGCAUGUGGAGCGUGUGAAGACGUAUGCGCCGGGGGUGCUGCAUGUCGUGUUUGAUGUGCAUGUUGAG